UGCUCUUGUCCGUGGGAAUCCUGCUUGCUGCUGUCGCACUGCUCGCCUUCAUUGUCGUCUACAAGAACAGACUCAGAAAGAAAAUGGUCCAGACCAAAAUGAGACCAGAGAUCAUUGAACAGUACUAUGACAAGAAACUGGAUGAAGGUCAGUGUGUUUUGCUGGACAGAACCACCUGUCCCCCUCGCCUCCUGAUUUGCUACUCAAGUAAUGAUGGUCCUGCCCACGUCAGAGUCGUGCUCCAACUGGCUGCUUUUUUGCAAAAGCACAUGGGCACCCAAGUACAUUUGGACUUGUGGGAGGCCUCGAGUAUUAUGGAGGAGGGCAGUAUGGGGUGGCAUUGCAGGAGAUUGCAUGAGUGUGACUUUGUGUUGGUCAUCUGCUCACAAGGUCUCCUUCAGAAUCAGAAGCAGCAGUCUGAGGAUGAGGAACCGUUAGAGAACACUGCUUUGGCAAUGGUUUCCAUGAUCGGAGAGGAGCUGUGCCGUGCCAAAGCGUUAGGUCGAGACCUCUUCAAAUACAUGGUGGCCAUUUUUGAGUACUCACAAGUCUCUCAUAUCCCCGCUGCACUUGGUCUUGCUUCAAGAUACUCCUUGACUAAAGACCUACCCUUGCUCUUCUCUCAUCUUCACGGAGUGGCUUUGCAGAAGCCCGGAGUUUACCUACAGGUGGAGAACAUUUCAGAAAGUGGGUACUGUAAACUCCCAGCUGGGGCUGCACUACAGCUGGCCAUCCAGGAGGCCACGGCACAGUUCUCAGAGGAGCCGACUGAAGAGGAACAUGUAGGAAUUCCAAUCAUUUCAUAAGGACUUCAAAAACUGAAUCAAUUAAUUGACUCACUUCAUCAUUCUAACGAAACAGUCCCUUUACUGAUGGAUUCCACCAGGACUUCCUUGGUAGUCGCUACUACUAAUCUAAUGUUUCUGAUUUACAUCU